ACCAACCCGACCCAAGCAAAACUGCAGGAGAGCGGCUGCAAGUCACUCUCCCACCCCUCUAUUUCAUCACGCCCCCCACCAGGUCGCUCACCUUUUCUUUCUCUUCGUUGAUACCCACUUUGUACCCUCCGGCAGCAAGCACUGCCAGCCAAUUUUCGGCCUCUUUUCGCUCUUGUACUUGUCCCACCAAAUUUUUCCUCCUCUACUCCUCUGCCCGCACAUACGCGUCAGCCCCCAAGAAGAAAAAAAUGCCUCCCAAGAAACAGGUCAAAGAGGAGAAGCUCCCGCUCGGCAGGCCAGGCAAUAACCUGAAGAGUGGUAUCGUUGGCCUAGCGAACGUCGGCAAGUCGACUCUCUUCCAAGCCAUCACAAAGUGCUCACUGGGUAACCCUGCCAACUUUCCAUAUGCCACCAUCGACCCCGAAGAAUCUCGUGUGCUGGUCCCCGAUGAGCGCUUCGACUGGCUCGUAGAGCACUAUAAGCCUAAGUCGGUCGUGCCUGCCCAUCUUACCAUCUACGAUAUUGCUGGUCUUACCCGUGGUGCAUCGACUGGUGCGGGUCUCGGUAACGCCUUCUUGUCACAUAUCCGCGCUGUCGAUGCCAUCUUCCAAGUCGUACGAUGCUUCGACGAUGCCGAGAUCAUUCACGUCGAGGGCGACGUCGACCCAAUCCGUGAUUUGGACAUUAUUGCCGAGGAGCUGCGCCUAAAAGACAUUGAGUUCGUUGAGAAGGCACAUGCAGCGCUUGUCAAGGAGACAAGGAGAGGCGGCCAGAGUUUGGAGAUGAAGAAGCUCAAAGAGGAGCAAGCUACCGUUGAGAAGGUCCUUGAGAUGCUCAAGGCUGGCAAGGAUGUCCGCAAGGGCAACUGGUCACCCAAGGAGGUCGAGCACAUCAACCCUCUUUUCCUCCUCUCGGCCAAGCCUGUGGUAUACCUUGUCAACUUGAGCGAGAAGGACUACAUCCGCCAAAAGAACAAGAACCUACCCAAGAUCGCUGAAUGGGUCAAGACCAACGCCCCUGGUGACCCAAUCAUCCCCAUCUCCGUAGCGCUCGAGGAGCGCAUUGCCGUCAUGUCCGACGCCGAGGCUGCUGAGGAGCUCAAGAACCUGGGCACCAAGUCCGCGCUUCCCAAGGCUAUCCAGACUAUGCGCAAGGCUCUUCAACUUGGUAGCUUCUUCACAACUGGUACCGACGAAGUCCGACAAUGGACGAUACGGACUGGUACCAAGGCACCACAAGCCGCUGGUGUCAUUCACGGUGACUUCGAAAAGACUUUCAUCCAAUGUGUCGUAUAUAACUACAACACGCUGAGGGAAGAAGGUGAUGAAGCUACCUGCAAGGCGAAGGGUAAGAUCAUGACCAAGGGCAAGGACUACGUUGUUGAGGAUGGUGAUAUCAUCCUCAUCAAGGCCGGUGCGGCAAAGGCGUAGACUGCUUGUCCGCUGGCUGUACUGGAUCGUUGGGCCUUGGCUCUUCUGUCAGUGUGUAUGUGUUUACGAUUCCGAUGCACUCUUAUGAUGAGAUACAUGAAAAGCAGCAAGUCUGCAACUGAAUGAAUAAGCAAACACAUGAGCACAA